GGCGGGGCUGAGCGCAUGUGGGUAAUAACGGAGCACGCGGACUCGAGAGGAUCAACUGGAUGUGGAUCUGAUCCGGUCUCGUCUGGUCUGUGUCUCGCUUUUCUUUCCUGCUGGGUUUAGCUUCCUGAUUUUGAAACUUUAGCCCGGUCCCUGAAUCUCCGUCCCUCACAGAAGCGGUCAGAUGUCGAAGGGCUCGGUGGUUCUGGCCUACAGCGGGGGUCUGGACACCUCCUGUAUCCUGCUGUGGCUGAAGGAGCAGGGCUAUGAAGUCAUCGCUUACCUGGCCAACAUCGGGCAGAACGAGGACUUUGAUGCUGCGCGGAAGAAAGCAGAGAAACUUGGAGCCAAGAAGGUGUUGAUCGAGGACCUGCGCUCAGAGUUUGUGGAGGAGUUCGUGUGGUCAGCGGUGCGGGCCGGAGCGGUGUAUGAGGACCGUUACCUGCUGGGCACGUCUCUGGCCCGUCCCUGCAUCGCCCGCAGACAGGUGCAGGUCGCCCGGAGAGAAGGAGCGCAGUACGUCUCCCACGGAGCCACGGGGAAGGGGAAUGACCAGGUCCGCUUCGAGCUGGCGUGUUACUCUCUCUAUCCUUCGGUUCAGGUCAUCGCUCCGUGGAGGAUCCCAGAGUUUUACCAGCGCUUCCGAGGCCGGAGCGACCUGAUGGAGUACGCAGAGAAACACGGUAUCCCCGUCCCUGUGAGUCCGAAGGCGCCGUGGAGCAUGGACGCAAACCUCAUGCACAUCAGUUACGAGUCUGGAGUUCUGGAGAAUCCCAAGAAUCACGCGCCUCCAGAUCUCUACCAGAUGACCAAGAACCCGGAAGACGCCCCCGAGGAGCCAGACGUGCUGGAGAUCCACUUCUCCAAAGGUGUUCCAGUCAGAGUCAGUCAUGUGAAGGAGGGAGUGUGUAAAGAGACUCCGCUGGAGAUCUUCUGCUAUCUGAAUGAGAUCGGUGGAAAGCACGGUGUGGGGAGAAUCGAUAUUGUGGAGAACCGCUUCAUUGGCAUGAAGUCCAGAGGUAUCUACGAAACCCCCGGAGGAACCAUCCUGCUUCAUGCUCAUCUGGACAUCGAGGCCUUCACGAUGGACCGAGAGGUUCGGAAGAUCAAACAGAGCCUCAGCAUCAAGUUCUCCGAGCUCGUGUAUAACGGGUUCUGGUUCAGUCCGGAGUGUGAGUUUGUCCGUCACUGUGUGGAUAAAUCCCAGGAGAACGUGGAGGGGUGUGUGCAGCUCUCCGUCUUCAAGGGUCAGGUGUACAUCCUCGGCCGAGAGUCACCCACAUCCCUGUAUAACGAGGAGCUGGUCAGCAUGGAUGUUCAGGGAGACUAUGACCCCUGCGACGCCUCUGGAUUCAUCCGGGUCAACGCCGUCAGGCUUCGGGAACACAACCGUCUGCAGGGAGAAGCCCUGAAGAAGCCCUGAAGAUCUGAUCCACGUCAUUCAGUCAGCCGUUUCUGAGCGUGUACCGGUCUCUGAAGAAAUCUGAUUAAACACCAAACCCAUA